AUGGCAAGAACCGGUGCCAUCCCGCGCCACCUCCUCCUGGGCGCCCUCGUGCUCUGCGCAGCGUGCGUGUGCGCCCCGGCAGGCGCGCUCCGGGCGUCAGCCAUAUCCGUUGCGCCGGAGCCGUCUCAGUACCCGCUGCUGCAGCCGCGCCACGGCGGCCGCCACGCGAGCGCCCCAUCCGCACUCCCGCCGUCGCUCUCGCUCUCCCUAAACAUAAUGCCGCUGAUCCCCUCCCCGGGCCCCGGCGAGGACGCCCUGACGCCGUCGGACGCGGCGGCCACCAUCCCGUCCAGCCCGAGGUCGCCCAACCCGGACGCGCUCGAGCCCGACUCCGCGUUCGCGCCCUCGCCUCCACCGCGACCGCCGCGGGGCGUGGGCGAUGCUCCCGGCCGGGUCCUGGGUGGCUCUUGGUCGCCAUGUGGUUGGUGUAGAUAG